AGUCUAUAAUCUACAGCUAGCUCUGAAUACACUAUGAAAUGCUAGCAUCAUCACCUGAAGUACAUAAAAAAGAAACCAAUAAAAAUGUUGAGAUAGUACCAAACGAUUCAAUUUGUCAAGCACAACUCCCAGAUGAAAAUGGGUCAGACUACAAAGAACAUCAUCAAUCAGAAAGUGAGGAAAACUCAGAAAGUGAAACCUCUUCAGAGGUAACGAAGACAAAUAACGAUGAUUCAUCUUCCACUGAGCAUUUAACCGACUCUUAUUUGGCCGAUGAAUCAUCCAUUAAUGUUAAUUCCGUCACAGAAGCCAGUGACCUAUCUACAGAUGAUGUUAAUGUCAGUGAAUGUGAUCAUCUAUCAGACAGAACGUCUCCAUCGAAAUCUAUACCUGAGAUUUCAGCAGAAAAUUUGACUGAUACAGAAGAUCAUGAACAGAUGUCAGAAACUGAGCAAAAUCAUUUACCUGUAUCCAAGCCAGAUUUUAUUGCAGUUAAUCGUAGGAGUAACUCUCGGAGCACAUCUGCAGGGUCUUCCACAAAUACAUCCCUCAAUCAGUACGAAGAAUUUACCAGCACAGAGAUCGCUGAAGCUAAGCAAGCAGUAGAUUUGCCUGUUGAGCAUGUUCCAAUUAACCCUAAUCUCACAAAUAUACCCGAGCCACAUUCGGCUUCACCUAUUAAAGAAGUUCUGCUAACUCUACAGAAGGAAGCUUCAAAGUACCGGAAUAUACAGGAAACGUGUAAUGAUGCUCUUGAAGAACUGGCUUCCAAUCAGAAAGAAGUUCUUACUGUCCGCAGCUAUUGUUUCCUUCCCCUGAAACUGGCAUAUGAUACCAAACUACCUCGAUUUUGUAUUCUUGCUGUUGCUGGUUUCAGGCAUUUACUAAGCGAUCCUCUACUCAAAGCUACUUCCCUUAACCCAAAUAAGACCCCUCUUGCGGUGAAGAUUGUCGAGUUAACAUUGCGUUACCCUGGAACGAACGACGAGCACUUUCACGAAAUCUACAAGCUGUGUCUGGCGGUAGUGUGUUCAGACAUACGAGAAGUUCACCACGAUCUUAUUAUAAAGAUGUUGGAAUUGUGUUUGGAACAGGCUGUCAAACACAAGGAAACCUCCCAGAAGGCGUUGGCCCACUCCACUUUCCUUCAGAUGUUGUCUCAGUUACCUAGAACUCUGGCUGCGGAGGGAGAAUUGUCGUCUUCUCCAGAGGUGGACGAUUAUAUAGAGAUUUUAAAAUGGCUGGUAGGAAAGGUUCCCAACCGAAACACAGCGAUGCGCCAACAAGCAAUUGUAGAGGUGUAUCUCAAGCAUUACUUGGACGGUCUGGUAACACUACUGAGCAGUACACCUCCCACCCUGGUUCAACACACCAUGUUCACUGACAUUGUGUGGCAACAGCUGUGCCCCUCCCUUAUACAGUUGCUUGGCAACCCAAUGGUCGACAAAGCUGCACAGAGGGGCAAGGUACACACCUCCCACCCCCACACGAUAAAAGACCUGCUGCACAUCCACACCGUUAACACAGAUGUGACCAACUCCUGCACCAAAAGCUGCCACUCAAUUGCCACCCAGUUAGUGCGAUUAGUGGGGCACCAGGCCUUCCUGCGACCUGUCUUAGCUUCACUCUUUCACAGGAUCAUCAUGUUUCCUCCACCUCAUCUCAGGAGACAUGCUCUAGAGGGAGUCAAGGAAGUAUUUAAGAACCCAAGGUUACUAGACAGACCUAUGCGUUGUCCAAGAGAAAGGUAUAGCUCGGAUAGACUUUGCGCUUUUAAAGAUGCUGAUAGACGGGGUGACUCAGUCCUCCCUGUGUGGUGACAGCACUAUGCUGGGAAUGAGCGCCAGUGUUAUUGUAGCACUGUUAGACUCCAUCCAGCAACUUUCUAACAGUAACGGUGUUACUAUCGAGCAUAUGGAGAGGAUAAGUGGGGCUAUCGAGGACAUGGACUCUCAAUUACAGUCGUACGAUGCAGGAGAGGAUGAGAGUGAAACAGUAAGUGAAACAGAGGAUAUCUUCACCCCCGGACCUGCUCCCCCUGUACAAACAUUCUUUACUGCAGAGUCUGAUGCGGAGACUCAUACCACAGAUCUUGUUAGGACAGAGAGGACAUGUGAGACAGAUGAGGAGGAAGAGGGAGGAGAAGAUAAGCAGGUUGCUCUGAGCGAGGAGGUAGAUGUUACAGACUCAGUCUUCCCUCAGGAUACUGAAAUACCUGUCAUACCUAACCAAUCAGAGACCCUAGCAAAGGAAACAGAAGAUGCAACCCCAGCAUCCUCCGCCUCAUCUGAUAACGAGGAGGAGGAUAAGCAGAGUGCUAAGGAGUUUAUCAAGUCUCUUCUCCAGUUUCUUUCUUAUCUUCUUCACAUCGAGGACCCACACACACUAGACCUGUCAAUCCAGCAGUUUGCAAGUGACAUGUGCGCGCAAGUGCGCCAGGAGAGCGUGCAACUCCCCCUGCUCAACGCUGACAGUGUCUACGUGGCUACUUACAUGUCUCUGGAUCUCACUAGACGGCUCCAUCAGGCUCACUACUACACAGCCCGGAGGAGCAGUAGUUCGAGCAGUGUUCCGGUUUCAGAGUCUCAGUUUGUUGAGUGGGUGCAAGGUUCUGGGGGUGUAAUCCUCGUAUCUCCCAUCUGGUUACAAGAGAUUUAUAAGACGAUAUUAGAAGUGGAUCUGCUCACACUGUCUGAGUGGGACAUGAGGAAACCCUCCACUCUACUCUCUCUUCUUGAGAAGUUCUCGCAGGUACAGAAGAACACCCAACCUACCUCCCCCCUUACACCUUGUCAGAGAUUUGCACGUUUCCUUCUUUCAGGAACCUGGGAGGAAAUACUUCAAGUCUUACAGAAUCCUAUUGAAGCACCACACAAGUUAAAAGCACGACUGAGUGAGGUUUGGGCGGGUUCCAAGUCCCUGACUACACGAACUGAUCUGAUAUGUUGCUGUUUAGACGGUCUAAGGAGAGCUGCUACUCUGUCUUGCAAGCUAGGAAUGCAGAACAAGUGUACAACAGUGAUCUCCCACCUGGCUAACAUCUCCUGCAGUAGUGUCAAGAGACUCAGUAUCCACAAGGAACAAGCUACAGUCUCCACUGACAACGCAGAGCUGCGCGUCGCCCACGUGCUCAGUAUGGACGCUGUUCUUAAUGUUGGAUUAGACGUCGGGCAGUUUGAACCGAAGUGUUGGAAGCAUGUGUUCAAGUGCUGCGCGUACAUCUCCCUGUUGGAGCACACCAAGUUCGCACACAGUAAGAGUGAGGAGACUGUCUCCACCACCAGCACCAGUGGUGGUACUCUCAGAGAGCUGAUGAUGUCGGAGGAGGCGUCAGAGGGAGGAGUAGCGGAGCUGUUACAACAGGAGACUCAACAGUUCGAUAUCACCAACACUCCUAGGGGACUCUUCAGUGGAACGUACAGUGGAGUACUAAAUAACGAAGUCAGCACUAAAGCUGUAGCUCUCCUCGCCUCCUCAGCUGACAAACUCUUCAGCUCCGCAGUCUCUCACCUCUCUACUGAACCCCUCAGCGGAGGGUUAGGAUACUGCUGCCUUCGGGGCAGUCUGGCUUGUAGAUCUACCCCCAAGAGUCAGGGCCCAUUAGGCUCGUUCUUGGAGGCAUUAGUAAAGUCUUCACAGAUCCAGCUGUUCGGAAGACCCCUGGAGCAUUCUGCUUCUCCGAAAUCCACGAAAGCCAUGAGCAGAACACUACCACCGGUAGCGACAUCUGUGUUACAUCUGCACAGACUGACUGAACUAGUACUUCUCUGCUCAAGAAGCUCACACUCCCUACUCAAUAUGAUGCAGGUGUGGUCGAUAGUAUCGACUCACUUUACAGAAGCAGCCUGUCAUGCAGAUAGAACCAUCAGUAAGCUCGCCAUCACCAGCUACCACCAGAUCCUUACUGAAGUUAUGAGAAAACGGGUUGAGUUGCCACACUUUUCCUUCAAUGAGACGCUGUUGAAACCUAUGGAGGAUAUGUUGAGUCUGGGGCUCUGUGACAUGGACACUCAGGACCAGAUUGUGAGCUGCCUGUGCGAGUUAGCUGAAGCUAAUGCUCGGGAACUGAAGAGUGGGUGGAAAGCUCUCUUUAGAUCACUCCGGAGUGUCAAGGUGCCGGUAUCUAACGAAGAAGACACAUGGACCACACCCGUGUUCGAAGUGGUGUCUGUGGUGCUGGAGCGCGAUGAUGUGUUCAUAUUCGCUGAUGCCAUUAUCGACUGUGUUCUGUGUCUACAGAAGUUUAUCUGUAGUGGCUCCGUUCAGCAGAGCAAGGACACUGUUUAUCUGGACCAGAAGAUAGAAUCCCACAACGCUAGAUUAGCAGUGCAACUCGGACUACCCUCCCUCAAGUACCUUUCUCGGAUAGCGACCAUGUUAUCCAUCAUGUAUGGAUUGGAACAGAGACCUUUCUUCGCAGGAUCUGACAGGAUAAAAGUGCCUGCUGUGGGACUGAACGGAGAGGCUGGGAGCAGGGCUCUCUUCGACUUCCUUCCUUAUAAUGAUAACAGUGGCUUGUUGAAGGUGUGGUGGAUCAUGAUAGAAGGAAUGUGCGGCACCGUGCUGCAAUGUCACCAGCAGGUACAAGCCCAGACUAUGGAGACAGUGUACAGUAUGUUGCGAGCACUAGCUAUAAUACCUGGCCCACAGUUCCAGAUAUUGGUCAUGUGUCACCAGCUGUUCCCCAUGCUCACCAGCUGGGUAAAGAGAAGUUCGCGGUUAAAGUGGGUUCAUAACGAGAACAUGGAGUCUAACUUUAAACACGCGUGUGGUUUAGCGAUAGAGCUGGUCAGUGAGACCAUUACCUCACUGAAACGAGAGAGGGAUAGAUACGACUUCGAUACAGAGGUAGCGAUUAACAGCUUACUACAACAUGUCAUGGUUCUCCUUAACGCCUGUGUCAAACAACCACUUGAAGGUAUAGCACGUGUAGGUUGCAGCUGUAUCCGUCACCUGCUCUUCACGACUGGUAAACAACUGGGUGAUCACCUGAACGUGGUGUGCAGAGGACUGGCUGAUGCUUGUAAUGGGAGUCUGGAGGCGGUGCACUUGGUGCUUAUACCGUUCACUCAACCUAACAGGCUAGAUGGUGGAGAUAAUGGGUUAGUGCGGGUAUAUGCUAGAAAGGACACUCCUAGUGCAGUCGCUAAACGUCUCAGUACCCUAACUCAACAAGUCUUCCUCAACGAGCAACAGUACUCUCAGGUUGACAUGCUCAACAAAGAAAGCAUAGGUCCCACCCCUGAAGAGAAAGUAGAGCAAUACAUGAGGAGCUACGUGAUAGCCUGGCCCGCUGACAGACUCUCUAACAAACCCUCUAGAGUCCCCUUCAGUGACCUGGUUAUAGGGCUCCUGGCUCACUCGCUUCUUGUUCAGACUAUUAAUGAUCUGUUUGUCGGGGACAAGCAUCCCACAACUAAAUCUACUACUGGCUUUUCUGAGCUGCUUAAAGUUCUGACUCCUCAGACGAUGUCGAUGCUGUUGGACGCAGUGUGGGACAGCUAUGAAGUGUGUAUCGCCUUUAACCACAGACCUGGGCUAAGGUACCUGAUACAGAAGGUGGGGUGUCUGAACGAUUACACACCGGGUCUGGUGAAGCAAGCACAGAAGAGUUACAUCACGUAUAUUAACACUAUUCUUUAUCUGAGGAUUAACGUAAAGGAGCAGAAGCGGGAGAAAGAGGAGGAGGAGGGAGAAGGAGCUGAAAGGAGCGAGGAAGGAGGAGCACCGAAGACGAUUCAGAAGAGUAGUGGUAAUUACAGUCAUGCUGGUCUCAGCUUAGAAAGUAUUGAUACCUCGUGGGAGGGAAUCCUGGACACGUGUCUAAAAGAAGCUAGUUGUCAGCUGUGCGCGGCUUACUCUCUUAUGUACAGUACUCAGGGUCAAAGUAGCAUUCUCAAACACAAACCUGUUCUUAACAAGAAGGGAAGUAAGAAGGACCUGACACUAGAAGAGGACCCUGAAGCGGUACAGGAACGGUUUUCAGUUAACGAUAUCGAACAUUGGACCAGUACAGUUGUCUCCGUACUCAACAUGUAUUACGGAUUAUCUGACGAGAUGUUCAGAUUAUUACUGCCAGCCAUCUACCCCUCGACUAUAGAGUUGUGUGUUAACGUUACAGAUAACAGGGUUCGGUGUGCUGUGAAGAGUAUUCUAGAAAAAGUUGGAAGGUUGAAGUAUUUAGUAUGAGGACCUGAUAAGUGGACUUGUGAUAGAGUGCAGGCAAACAAUGUUUUAUUUGAUAGUUUCUAAAAUAUGAUGUAUUGUUGUAUUUAAAUGUGUUGUUAAUUUUAAAUCUGGAAGAAUGUUUUACGAGUCUAGAAAUUAUUAUUGAUUAGAUUGGAAUUUACAUUAAUUUGUCAUUGCAUUGAAUAUGUAUGUCUGUCAUCGGCAAAGUGCCAAGAAAGUAUUUGUUUCGUAAUCUAGUAUAAUGUAUAGAUCUAUAAUAAUCUAGUAUAGAUCUAUAGUAAUCUAGUAUAGAUCUAUAGUAAUAUAGUAUAGAUCUAUAGUAAUCUAGUAUAGAUCUAUAGUAAUCUAGUAUAGAUCUAUAGUAAUAUAGUAUAUAUCUAUAAAUCUAUAAAGAUGAAGUGACUAGUAUCUAUAUUAAUAAAUAAUGAGUAACAAGCAAGCUGGCCUUGUUUGAUAGAUAUGUUAAUAACUGUUUACAUUUAAAUUAUUAUUGCUGAUAAGUUUACCAACUAUUUGAUUUUGUUUUGCUAAAAUUUCAUUGUACUAAAUCGUUAUUGAAUUGUUAUAACAUUUGAAAUUCUCUGCUUUUGUGUCUCCUAACAGGUAAUACUUAAAAAUCUCUCAAUAUAACUUGUCUUGCAAGAACUUUUAUUUUAAGAAACGCGUUAAUAGAAUAUUCCUUAGAUAAUUGUAAUAAACUUAAUUCCUAAAGACUAAGUAUAGACUAAAAGCUUACAACCAAGAAUUAAGACGACAAUACAUACUCAAGCAUACGAUUUGUGCAUACAUUUACACGAUUUGUGUACCAUUAUACGAUUUGUGUAUAAUUAAUAAUUACAAGAAUUCAGGAUUGUGU